GAUGCUGUCUGCCUCUAAGCCCCGCCCCCAGUGCAGUAGCGCCGCCCCCCCGCGGGUUCCCAGCCAACUUGGACUUGAAUGAGGUGCGCGCAGACGGCUGGAAAGUAGUACAAACCGUCUGGGAAUAACACCGGGAAUACUGGAGUCCAGAGGCCAGACAGCGGGACGGGGGCGGGGGGAAGGCGGCUAAAGGAAAGCCGCGACGAAAGCCCUCAGAACUGCCGGGAAGAAAGAACCGUCGGUGAAGGAAGAGGAAAAGCCUGCGUCAAUGUUUUUAUUCGACAGCGCGCGGUGAAUCCCCCCCUUUUUUCCUCGUCGAUCCCCGUGAGAUUUCUUUAAAUGUUCAGCUUCAUGGGUCUGAUGAACGGAACCACCGACACCCACACCAAUGUCUCCUGUACAUGUAACUGCAAGAGAUCCACUUCAUUCCAGAGUAUGGCGAUCACCCAGCUGGAGUUUGUUCAGAUCCUGGUGAUCGUGGUGGUGAUGAUGAUGAUGGUGGUGGUGAUCACAUGUCUGCUGAAUCACUACAGACUCUCUGCGCGAUCUCUCCUCUCUCGCCACGGACGAGCGCGCAGACGCCACCUGCCCCUGCCAUCGGAGGGCAGUCUGUGGUCCUCUGAUGCUCCAGGCUCUUCUAGUGCCAUCAGUGAGCAGGUCUACACUCCUCGACCUCCGGACCGGGUCCCGUCGUACCUUCAGCGUGAGCGUCUGGACCGCUUCCAGCCCACGUACCCGUACCUUCCCCACGCCAUCAUUGACCUCCCACCGACCAUCUCGCUGUCAGACGGAGAAGAGCCUCCGCCGUACCAAGGCCCGUGUACCCUUCAGCUCCGAGACCCCGAGCAGCAGCUGGAGCUCAACCGAGAGUCGGUCCGAGCACCUCCCAACCGCACCGUCUUCGACAGUCCUCUGAUCAACGCGGGCAUCAGCGCCGGGAGGCUGGAGGGCGCUCCGCCCGCGUACAGUGAAGUCAUAGGGCACUACUACCACCCGUCUUCAUUACCGCGCCACGCACAGACUCAGUCCGCACCUCCGCCAUUGCUGGUGCAGGGCGUCAUUCAGAUCAGCCGCACGGACAGCAGAAACACCCGCAACAAAGACAAACAGAAAGCACAGCAGGUCUGACGAGCUGAUGUCAGCAUCUUAGUGCAUUAGUAUGAGCGAUCGUGCUUCCCGUUUGUCAGGGUAAACGGAGGAGAAUCACGGCAGUUGCACAACAGACUCACACGAGAGCUGCCGCUUCCGGAUUUGCUCUGGUCUUGCCUUUUCACUCAGACCGAGACGAACUUUCUAUACAUAUUUACAUGUUAUUUGUCCUCUUCUCUCUCUGUACUGACAAACUCUGACAACAAACAAAAAUAGGUUUAGAUAGAUUCUUCCUUUUACACUGCAAAAAAUGAUGUUCUCGCUCAGUUUUCUAGCACAAAUAUCUAAACAUUCUUAAAUCAAGAUACAUUUACUGGAGAAGCAAAAUAGUCUGAAAAAAAUCAUUAAAAUGAAGUGAGUUUGUGCUUAAAACAAGAACAAAUAUCUGCCAGUGGAGUCAGAAAAAUACAUUUUUGUUCUCGUUUUAAGCACUUAAACUUAAACUCAAUAUCUCAAUUUAAGAACGUUUAGAUGUUUGUGCUGAAAAGCAAGAUAAAAACACUGAGGAAGAACAUCAUUUUUUUGCAUUGUAGAAAGUUUCAGGGUUCAAUUUGAGUGAUUUUACCCUCAUCUUAAGUACAAAACGGUUCUGUAAAAAUGCCAAUAUCACUAGUUUUUGCAUCAGAUGCACAAUAUUUAUACUGGAGCGUAAACAUUUAUUCUGACGUUUGUUUGCCGUCAGAGACAGAGAGAGAGCGGUUGGUUGUUUGUUGAGGUGCCAACAACACACAGAUUCAUGUAUGUAUGUGUGUGUAUAUAGGCUACUAUAUAAAUAUAUAUAUACAUGUAUAUGGAAAGCUGAAAAAAAGCAAACUUAAAAGCACGAUUUUAGAGUUAUUUAUAUAAAUGUCUAAAAUUGCACUAUUUUUAAUAUUACAAUAUGACAAGCCUCGGCUUGCGAUCAGUCCACAGAUAGCGUGAGUGUCCUGGACGCCGAGUUUGUGUGAACGAGUUAACGCGUCGAACGCUCGACUGAACAGAUCUGGAGUUCUAGAGUAGUCUUUGAGCUAGAUUACUAGUGUAGAAUAAUUUCAGAGCCCUUCAGUGUCUCAAAUGUGUUUGCCUUAACUUUAUUCUGUAUUCUAGAAAUCUGAAUUCACAAUCAUUGAUGAUGUUUAGAGCCGAAGGAUUCCUUCUGUUCGGCUGUGGCGCACCGGCUCGGCGUCUCUUAUAGCACUUUACCGACGACGGGAGGAAAAACAAUCGACGACACCUGUAGCCGCUGGUUUGAUUCGGAGUAAAUGAGCACAAAAGCAAACGAAUAUGCAAACGCUCCCUCAGGGGACGACGCUCGCAGAGCUGAAAUCACGUCAUGGGAAUGUUGAUUCACUGCUGAUUCACACUCGAGUCACUGAAUCAAUGAAUCAUAAAUUUAACUCAUUCUCUGCCAAACAGUGACUCGCACAAACGAACCCAUGAUUCAGUCUGCGCUCGUCCGUCCAGGCGGGGAAUAUCGGGUCGGGUUUUGCUAGUGUUCGGUUUUAUUCCAGAGAAACGCUGCUAACAGGAAGUCAAGAGCUGGAGAGAGAAACUACAAAUGUAGUUUAAACGCUUUACAUUUCUAUUAUACAUGUUCCAUAUUAUCAAAGACUUUAAUCUAGCUGUUUAGUGCAUUUCUAUAACAUAUUCCAUAUAUAUCACUUCAUUUUGCAUUUCUGGAUGAUAUAAUAUAUGAUGCAUUUGUAAUUUCUGAUAAUAUCAUAUUAUCAGCCAAAUGCAUUUCUUGUGCUCCUAAAAACCAGCUGUUUAAAUUCCUAACUAGGUAGUUAGUGCAUUUGUAUAAUAUAUAUAUUCUAUAUAUAUUUCUACAUAUAUGAUGCAUUUGGCAUUUCUAUAAUGUAUAUUCCAUAAAUGCGUAGUUGGUGUGGUUCUCUCUCCAGCCGUGGCGUGACGUCUUCCCUUUACAGAGAUGCCCGUUUUGUGCCCUCUUGAGAUGCCAGUGUGUCACACGCCCCAGUCAGCCAAUCAGGCGGCCGUUGACAGGAAGUGACAUUGUAUGCAUGAUGAUGAUGAUGAUGAUGAUAACGGAGAGAGUUGCAAUAUACCGACUUUUGGCCUUUUGAUAAUGUAGUUUAGCGCAGAUUAAAUAUGUACUAGUUGUUUUCAUGUUAUUGUUGCUUCUCGUUUAAAGGUCAUUUUUUUUUGUUCGCUCACAUGCAUUAAACAAACAGCGGAUUUGUAAGUGAUGUUAACUUCAGUUUCGUUCGUUCAGACCCUCGUGACGUGUGCCUUCAGUUGUGUGUCAUUUUGUUGCCUUCAUAUUUGAAUCUUCCCUUCUGCAGUUAAGAAAACAUUUGAUGCACGUUUGAUUUGGUGAAAGUUUACGCCCAAGAUGACGGGGACGUCUGCUCAUCUUCAUGUUGCUUUAAGUUGGUGUUUCUCCAUUCGGAUGAACGCUCACGUUGAUUUUCGAACUCUUAAUCUAAUAACUGAAGGCCUUCCAUGUGAAAAGAGGCAUUUCCAAAGAAGGACUUUCUAUCCAAGCCUUUGCGAGGGGGUCAGAACGACUGGACUAAAGCUCUUAUCUUGUGUUUUUCUCCUCUGUUGGCAUUGCUUUGGGUUUGAACAUGCCAUUGAACGCUUUAGAGAAUCCAGCUGUUGCGAAUGGAAAGCAUCUGCAGUGCUUCUUCUGCUUCUCAUUCGGCGUUCAGAUAUCCACAUGUGUUAUUGUCAGUAAUGACCGCUUACUUGUAACUCUUACUUUUAUUUUUAUUUAUAUCAGAUCUUGAAAAGUGUUACCGGAUGUUUCUCUUUGGGACAGUGUCUAUCACACACACACCAUGUUAUACAAUCUGAUGCAUUUCAAUUAGCUGCCAAUUAAACAAAUAAAACAUUUUAUAAAAUAA